AUGUCGUCAUCAUUGUCAGAUGUUGAAGACCAAUCAGCUUCAACUGAUGCUUGUUUUUAUUAUAUUCCUUCAACAACUGAUAAUGAUCAAAUAAUACAUAAUUCAUAUCCAGAAUCGAAUUUUUAUGUUAUUAAAAAUACACAACAAUUAUCGUCUUUCCCUUCAUCAAUAAUGACUGUAUCAAGGCCAGGAAAUGCACGAACAUUAUUCACUAUUGUUCCAUCAAUGCCACCAGAUACAAUGAUCAAUACUAAUUCAUCUCAACAACGUCUAUUAAUCAAAGGUGGUCGAGUGGUUAAUGAUGAUGGAACAACACUUGCAGAUGUAUUUGUUGAAGAAGGUAUUAUUAAACAAAUAGGUCUUAAUCUUGUUGUUCCAGGUGGAACAAAAACAAUUGAUGCUACAGGAAAAUUGGUUAUGCCAGGUGGUAUUGAUACACAUACUCAUUUUGAAUUACCUUUUAUGGGUACAAAAUCAGUUGAUGAUUUUCUUAGUGGUACUAGAGCAGCUAUUGCUGGUGGUACAACAACAAUACGAUUUUCAUAA